UAAGAGCAGAGACAAAAUGAGGGUACUGCUCAUCUUGAUGGGUCUGGCGUGCUUGGCGAGCGCGCAGCAUCAAGCGCUGAUCGACUACUUGGAGCGCAGGCUGCUCGCCAUCGAGGACCGCAUCUCUCUGUGGCACGAACAGGCCACCCGCUACGCCUCAGAGCUGCGGGAGCUCAAGCAGCAGAUGCUGUUCCAGCUGGAGAACCUGGACAAGGAAAAAGAGACGCUGCGGGUGAACUUGGACGGCGUGGGGACCAGAGUGGAGCGGGUGGAGCGGGAGCUGGACUAUCUAGAGACCCAGAACGGAGUGCAGCCUUGCGUGGACGUGAACGAGGAAUUGAUCGAGCAGCAGGUGACACUGGUAAAGGAGAAGCACAAGACCAAGUACGCCAAGCUCACUGACUGCAGCGACAUGAUCUCCACCAUAAAGGCCAUGAAGAUCCUAAAGCGAGUCGGCGGCUCCAAGGGCAUGUGGACCAGAGACACCGGCGGGGGCUCGGGGAAGGUCUUCAUCUUCAACGGGACGGAUACAGACACCAUCUUUGAGUUUUCCAGCGUGCAAGACUUCACACGCUCGCAGGGCCUGUCCGAGUCCCGGCAGCUGAAAGUUCCCUCUGCCUGGAGCGGGACAGGCCACGUGGUCUACAACAAUCACGCCUAUCUGGUCACGCGGGCGGACGAGGUCACCCUGCUCAAGUACGACUUGAGGAACCCGUCGGUGGUGGACAGCGUAGUGUUCCCGGUCCAGGACCACGUUCCGGUGUACGGCCUGAGCCCUGAGACCGUGGUGGACCUGGCCGUGGACGAGGAAGGCCUGUGGGUCAUCUACGCCACGCGUCAGGCUGAGAAGCACAUCUCCCUGGCCAAACUAGACGCCGUCUCCCUGGACAUCCAGCAGAUGUGGGACUCCAACUGCCCCGGGGAGAACGCGGAGGCGGCCUUCGUUAUCUGCGGGACACUUUACGUGGUCUACAACACACAGCAGGCGGGACGCUCGCGUGUCCAGUGCGUGUUUGACGUCAACGACAUGGUGAGCAGCGACGACGCUCCGCUGGUCUACUUCCCCAAACGCUACGGAGCGCACGCCAGUAUCAAGUACAACCCGCUGGAGCAGCUGCUGUACGCCUGGGAUGACGGCUACCAGAUUCUCUACAAAUUGGCCAUGAAGAAGAAACUGGAGCUUUAAGACACUAGAACCCCCAGAGAGGAAGUAGUUUUGGCCGCACCGCAUUGACAACUUUCCUUUUGUAUUCAUCUUA